AUGGGCGACGCGAAUGGAACAUCGUCUCGUGAAGAAUUGUACAAGGCGGCGCGAGAGCAUCUGCGCGAAGAGGGUUGGGCCGUCAUUCCCAAUGUUCUGAGCAAGGAAGAAACGAGGAAUGCCCUUGACAGACUAUGGAAAGCCAAGGAGGCGGGUGAAAGUCGAGGCGAUGCGACUUACAUUCCUCGCCUGGAUCCCAACGACGCCAACGUUCGGGUCUUCUACCUUCUCGAACUGGACCAGAUCUUUCGAGACCUCAUCGUCCACCCGGUGGCACUCGACAUGGUGAAAUCUGUCCUAGGGGACAACUUCUUGAUCUCCAACUUCACGGCGAAUAUUGCCCGACCGGGCAGUCAGUCUAUGGCACUCCAUAGCGAUCAGAGUAUCGUGGUGCCGGAACCCUGGAAGGAAGUGUGGGCGUUGAACGUCAUCUGGUGCCUAACCGAUGUGUACGGCGACAACGGCGCAACCCUGUAUAUCCCUGGAUCGAACAAGUACGAGUCGAGGAAGGACAUCCCAUCAAAUGCCGACAAGUUGCUCCGACCCUUUGAAGCCAAAGCAGGCAGUGUCAUUCUGAUGGAUGGCCGUGUUUGGCACACGUCCGGUGCUAACAUCACCAAGGAUCAAGACCGGGCUUUGAUGUUUGGAUAUUACACCAAGUCUUUCCUUCGACAGCAAGUCAACUGGACGGCGAAGUUACCUCUCGAACUACAAGAGACUCUGAGUGACGAAAUGAAGGAGUGGUUGGGCUUGGGUUAUAAUGCCAAUAUUGCUAGGACGGGGAAUACUUCGUACAAUUAUCUCAGUAGGCAGUUUCCCAAAGCAGAAGCCCAAGUUUAA